UGGCAGCCUAGAGUGUCAAGAGCAGAGAGAGCCUGGGCACUGGGUUAGGACUGCCUGACUUAAAGAAGCAGGAUCCCCAUUCCUCAAGCCCCUCUAAGCUGCCCCCUCCAGGCCUUGAUCUCUAUCUCCCCAUCCUGAGGACCUCUCCCUCCUGAGGCCGCCACUGGGUCUCUCCUGAGUAGCCUCUGAUCAGUCUCUCAGCAUGAACUGCAUAUCAGAUUUCUUCACCUACGAAACCACCAAGUCAGUGGUUGUGAAGAGCUGGACCAUUGGGAUCAUCAACCGAGCAGUUCAGCUUCUGAUCAUCUCCUACUUUGUAGGGUGGGUUUUCUUGCAUGAGAAGGCAUACCAGGUGCGGGACACAGCCAUUGAGUCCUCGGUGGUAACCAAGGUGAAGGGCUUUGGACACUAUGCCAACAGAGUCAUGGACGUGUCUGACUAUGUGACCCCACCCCAGGGCACUUCUGUCUUUGUCAUCAUCACCAAGAUGAUUGUUACGGAAAACCAGAUGCAAGGAUUCUGCCCAGAGAGCGAGGAGAAGUACCGCUGUGUGUCAGACAGCCAGUGCAGGCCCGAGCGCUUCCCGGGUGGGGGGAUCCUCACUGGCCGCUGCGUGAACUACAGCUCUGUGCUCCGGACCUGUGAGAUCCGGGGCUGGUGCCCUGCUGAGGUGGACACGGUGGAAAUGCCCGUCAUGAUGGAGGCUGAGAACUUCACUAUUUUCAUCAAGAACAGUAUCCGUUUCCCCCUCUUCAACUUUGAGAAGGGAAACCUCCUUCCCAACCUGACAGCCGCCGACAUGAAGACAUGCCGCUUCCACCCUGACAAGGCCCCCUUCUGCCCCAUCUUGCGGGUGGGGGAUGUGGUCAAAUUCGCGGGGCAGGAUUUUGCGAAACUGGCCAGCACGGGCGGAGUUCUAGGCAUUAAGAUCGGCUGGGUGUGCGACUUGGACAAGGCCUGGGAGCAGUGCAUCCCCAAGUACUCCUUCACCCGACUUGACAGUGUUUCUGAGAAGAGCAGCAUCUCCCCAGGCUACAACUUCAGGUUUGCCAAGUACUACAAGACGGAGGAUGGCAGUGAGUACCGCACGCUCCUGAAGGCUUUUGGCAUCCGCUUCGAUGUGCUGGUGUACGGGAAUGCUGGCAAGUUCAACAUCAUUCCCACCAUCAUCAGCUCCGUGGCAGCCUUCACCUCUGUAGGAGUGGGGACUGUCCUCUGCGACAUCAUCCUGCUCAACUUCCUCAAGGGGGCCGACCAGUACAAAGCCAAGAAGUUUGAGGAGGUGAAUGAGACAAUGCUGAAGGUCGCUGCCUCGGCCAACCCAGUGUUCCCCAGUGACCAGACCACGGAGGAGAAGCAGUCCACAGAUUCGGGGGCCUACUCCAUCGGCCACUAGGGCCUCUUCCCGGGGCCUCAUGCUCACCCUUGGGCUCCAGGCUUCCCAGUAGGACACCCUACCUGGGCAAGGGGGGUUGGGAGAGGAGAGGGGCUCUCAUUUCUGCUGCUCAUCCCGUGAGGCCACAGCCGGGACCCAGCUAUCUGGGCCUCCCAGUGCCCUGACAAACCGGUGGUCCUCCUGCUAAGACCUCAAUCUCACCUUCACCCCGUCUGCUUCCCAAGACCCCCAGGGCAGUAGCACCUGAGUCAUCCCCCUUCCAAAGAGUAGAAAUAAUAAUAGUAAUAAUGAGUGGCCACAGGGCCUACCAUGUGCCAGACACUCUCACAUACAUUAUCUUAUUUAAUCCUUAGAAUAAUCCUAUGUGGUAGAUAUUAGUUCCCCUGUUAUGAAGAUACACUGAGGCUCGGAGAGACAGAGUCAUUUGCCCAAGGCCACACAGCCAGGAAGCGAGAGAGCUGGGAUUUAAACUCAGGUCUACCUCCAUCGCCCACACGCCACAAGAGAAGAAUGAACUCCAGGGGGUAUCUGCCCUGCUGCUUCAGCCUCCUCCACUCUGACCAUGAUUAGGUUCAACUGAAUAAAGAGUAAGCCCCGGGCUUUGCCAGGAACUCAGGCAGACCCCAUUUUAGAGGAGACCAGUUAGACGGUGGUGCAAAGUCUCGUUGCCUGACUUGGAUGGGUCCCAAAUUCACAAGGAAACAGGAGGCAUGACUCAGUGAAUUUGUCUUACUUCACCCACAGCUCUGUCCCCAAACCAGGGCAGGGGCCAUUCUUGUUCUCCCUCUGGGGCCCUCACACAUACUCACAGCCAUCUGGGGCCCUCACUCUGGAAGCCAGAGUAGGCUACCCCCAGGGUGGCGUGAUUCCCGGACCUGGGCCCUGUUCUGGGAGCUCGGCAGUCCUCCUUUAAAACAUUGGUGAAAAGGCUCAGUGAGACCCCUUGCCCUGUGAGCAGCUGGUCAGCAGGCCUGUCUGCACAGUGUCCUAACAACGUGGUCAGUCUUCUAAUGUUGGAAACUAAAAGGCCUUAGAAACCAUCUGGUCCCACUCUCCUGUUUACAGAUGAGCAGACGGAGACCAGAGAGGGAAAUGACUUGUGUCACGCAGUGAGUGACCAAAAGGGAACCAGGUGUCCUGCCACCCAGGGAAGGAGGCAAGUACAGGAAGCUGGGAAGGCUGUUGAGAAAGCUUCAGGUCCACGCCUGCCUCCAUUUGCCCACAUCCCUUUCUCCUUCUGGGCUCUCCUCCAAUGAGAGGCCCAGAAAUCUCACCAGGGCUGAGCUCAGGAGCAGAUCCAGAUUUUAUGAAGCCUGAAGCAUAUAAAAUUUGAGGCAUCUUUUUAAAAAUAAUACAAAAUUAGGUAUUAGAAGGGGCUCAUGCAAGUGAGCAGCCCCGAAGUAUGUUUCAUUAGCUUCACAGUAAAUCUGCCUCCAGAAAAGAAGUGUGGGCAUGACCAUGAGGUCUUGGCAGACAUGAGGGCUGGCCCCUCUACAGAAGGUGUGGGGAAAGGGGGGGGCAGCUUUGGGAGUAGUUUGGGAGGAUCAAGCAGUGGGCACUUGCAAAGGCCUGACCCCAAUGAUCCCCCACAGCAGGGGGAGAAGGGGUAAAAUUCCCCCAAACAAGGCCCACCACCUCCCGACUCUGCCUUCACCCCAAGCUGCAUCCUCAGGAUGGUGGGAUAACACCUCCGCAGGGGCAGUCUCGGGCAUCAGGCAGUGUCUGGAGAUCUGAAUGGCAGAAACAUCAAUGAAGACAGCACUGUAUUCUCCAACCAGGACACCGACAGGCUUUCCAGGUGAAUCCAGCUCUCAGGAGGCUGGGCUGAGGCUGGGGUCACAGGGAUGUGAGGAGGAGA